CGACUUCAGAGUGACCGCGAGCCGAGCUUUCCGAUUUGUUGAAUUAUUUAAUUAGUGUCAUGUUGUGUACUGGUUAUCGGUAGUACUUUUAGUGUUUGUUUAUUCAGUGACAGGUGUGCCAUACGCGUUGAACUGUUGUGCUACCUAUAGUGUCGUCAACAAUCAAAGAACAAGAUGACAAUGUCCGAAAAACAAGAACAUUUAACAAAAUUGUGUCGUUCACCUCUGAUAACAACGAACUACAUUUAGUGUUUGUCAUAAACAGCAUAAUCUUUUAAAGAUACCCGCUAUGACAACAGUAAACUGCCAGAAACCCGUCGCGUUUGACACCUCGCCCCUCAUCUUCGACAUCCCCUACCCCAACGUGACAAUCUACCCGGUAAUCUCGCACCUCCAGUCAAACCGCUCGUUCCUACACUCCCAGAAGCUCAAACACAGCAUCCUACAGUCGAAAAAGGCCUUCCUCCAUGUAUCCAUCGAAGACCAGAAGCCCGAGGAUGAGCAGAUGGAGGAGAAAUCGAUAGUUUUGGGGCAGUUACUGGACCACAAAAGAACUGUGCCGAAGAAAAUCAGCUUUAAGAUCAAAAAACAGUCGUCAUUGCAUAAGAGGAACGUAGGAAUACAACGUAUAGCUAACAUACCGACCAAUAAAGUAGCGGAAUUGACAAAAAAGUUCAACGAAAUGGUGGAAAAUCAGAAUGUUUCCAGGGAACAAAUGAGGAUGUUGGUGAAACGUGGUGAUAGUGAUACGGAUAAGGUUAAAAGAACGUUGGUGCAGAGAGAAGGUUCGAAAGUGUCUCGAAAACCGAGCGUGAAAACGAAACCAGCUCUCGAAGGGAAGAAUUUGGUAAUAAUCAAGACGAAACCCGUUAGAAAAAGCAGUAUUAAAAGACAGGGGAGCUGGGGGAGGGAAAAACUCACCGAAACACCUAUUCAGAGACCCACUACUUUGAGCUUAAACAGAACUCUAAACGUGCCGAAAGCCAUCAUUGAAACUUCUCCUAACGGAACAUCAGUCAGGGCAGCUAUAGAGAUUUUCGAGAAAAAAUCUGCUGUUACAGCUUUGUCACCUACUAAACCCGAAACCAAAACAUCCACCUUGAAGCCUUCACCGAAACCAAAACCGGAAAUUCCAGAAAAAUCGGCCACUUUGAGGGAUUUCAGGAGACCUUCUCCAAACGCAACACCUGUGAAAGCGGCUGACAACAGUCACCUGACUCAAACAGAUAGUGGAACAACAAAUAAGGAACCUAAAGAAGAAAGUGGUGAGUUUGGAGACGAAGAAAUAGUACAAAUUAUUAACAUUCCCGCUGUGUUACCUCAACGAAGAUGCGACUCCAUGUACGAAACAUUGCAUCUUCGAAAAAUACCAACGGACUCGCUCAAAUCUAAGUCCGUGGACAACAUCAACAAGGAACUAAGAAACUCGUCUAUUCAGCCUAACUGUUCGUUCCUUUGGAGGGAGAAAUCUUCAACGUCUACUAGAACUAGUUUUAGUGAAGUUGGCACACCGGAAGACACAAGGAAACUACCUCCAGAUAUACCUCCUAAACCAAACGUCGACACCAAGCCAGCUUUACCUCCUAAAUUGAUGGGGAAGAGGCCUGUUUCUUCAAUCAAAACGAACUGUGAUAACGAUACCUUGGCCGAUUACGAAGAAAUCGGUUCUUCUGUAACAAUUAAUGACACCAACGACGAGAAAUUCAAAGGUUACGAUGAAAUUACCAAGCCUGUCAAUGAAAUGGAGGUUAUGAAAACGGAAAAACUGUAUGAGGAGAUUAUAAGACCUGAUAGUCCUUCGAAGGAGGUUCCUGAAGAGAAGUAUUACGAGGAAAUUAUCAAAAAUAGCGAGGAGAAGAUCUAUGAAGAACUGAAACCCGUCGUGCCAAUCAGAAAUGAUGAUGGUUACGAACCAAUAUGCUCAAAUCUUCCUGAAAAAGAUUCCGGACGUAACCAAAUUAAGGAAAACAUCUACGAGACUCUUCCAGCCCAUUCUAUUCCUUCCAGGCUUCAAGAACCGUUACCUCCACGACCUCCAUCAUCAACAAGACAGGAAGAGAACGUUUAUAAUUGCUAUGAGUCCAUCUACACUGAGUCCAGGAAAGAUGGAUAUUACGAAAGUAUCAAUGGGUCACAACUGACAGAUAGUGGAUCUAACAGAGACAGUGUUUUAUCAUCUGACCACAAGAGUAAUAGUUUGUAUGGAAAGCCUUUGCCCAUGUGGGAUGUGAACGUUGAAGGAGUUUAUUAUAAGACUGCCAGUGACUUUAGUAGUGAUCGGGUUUCGGACAGGAGUGAUGAAUGGGAGGAUAUGAGUGAUAAUGAUGAUGAGAAAAACAAAUUUAUCAUUGUCAGGGAAAGACAACGAAUGAAGAAAUCUGGUUGGUCCGAAUUACUCUCGAAGACCUCGAAAAUUUCUGGCGAUCAACUUGGUGAAGAAACCGAUCAUUACUACGAAACGUUGAAUACUGCAAAGUUCGAUGAUUUCGACUCAGAUGACUCGUUCGAAAGUGACAUCGAGUCCGAAAUGUCAUACGAUAGAGCAGAUACAGUGGAUGAUAGCGGCAUUGACAUCGGAAAUCAUCAGCUGCCUAAUAUACCAAACAGCCAAGGCAGCGGUCUCAUCAAGUUCGCCGGGAGACAUAUGAAAAAGCUGAAACAGAAUUGGACACGGGACAUAUCCAAAUCACUCACUCGCAUGAAGAAGCACAUGUCAAAGACUGAUACCGAUAGCACAGCAUCCAAAGAUGAUAAAAAAUCAGAUUCUAAAUCCAGGCUACCCACCAACGAACCAGAUACCAGGUCUUCCAUCUCGAAAAACGAACUCUCAUACCAAAACGUGGAUAUUCCGAAAAACGCAGAAUCUCAACCUGAGGACGCCGACCGAUCCAAGACCCUUACCAGAAAGGCAGGGUUCCUCACGAAAUUCCGGCGAAGUAUGUCAUUAUCGGCCGAAUCUGCCAACGAAUUGACGUCGAAUCUGGCCGAGAACAAAACAAAGAGCACGUUCUAUGUCACCGAUACGAUUAACAUCGACAAAAUGGACGCCGAGCAAAGUAUUUUGUCUAGUACUGAAAAACUGGUGUCGCCCGUGAUGAGGAAGAGUAGAUCUUCGAUAACUAGGCCCAAUAGUCCACCGCCGCCAGCUCCUAGUGUCCGUCCAGAACCUAAUCCAGCUCGUACAGGAAAGACUUCCUCUUGGUAUGCAGAAAGUGGCCUUUUUAGAGACACGAGUCGCUCAUCCAAUAAGAGACCAAACACCUAUUGGUAUGCAGAAGUUGGGUUAUAUGAGCUGCAAGCCAGUUCAGCGGCGAGCACCAGCUCUUCAGAGAAUAGUGGCAGUAAUCUCAGCACUCCCAUAAAACCUUUGGAAAUAUCGAGACCAGUUCUAAAAUCGUCCGAUUUCAUAAACCAGGACGACCAAGAGACAGUAAACAACAUGAAAAACGACAACAUUUACUAUGCUGGAAGCAAUAACAGCACCGACACCAAAAACGAUGAAUCUCUUAAACAAGAAAUCCAACUCAGGUUACAGGACGAGCCACUGUAUCAAUUCUACGAUGCAGCCAUUCAAGAGUCAGUCAGCUACGAUACCAUGUCCGACUUUGAUUCUGACAAUUACGAAGACGUAAUUGACAAAGAUAUUGCCAACCAGAACAAAUUGAGGCCUUCGGCAAUGGAAUUAGUGUCUCCUAAACGGAAUUCUGUUUGUUUUAAUAAAACACUGUGGUGCGAAAUACCGGAAGUUAUUAAUUCGACAGUCUUAAGUAGUCUCAGUGUACCGCAGAAAAAACUCCAAGAAGCCAAAUUCGAGAUACUCACCUCAGAAGCGUCAUAUCUGAACUCACUCAACGUUCUUACUAGUCAUUUUAUCAAAAAUUUAAGUACUACGAAUCUACUCACUGCCCAAGAAAAAGAUAUUUUAUUCGGCCAUGUUGAAAGCGUGCGAAGUUCUUCGGAAAAAUUACUUCACGACAUAGAAAAAUGCUGGCAAGACAAUAUUUUGCUGUAUGGCAUUUGUGAUAUUGUUCAAAAACAUGCCGAAGAGAAUUUCAAUGUGUACAUUCAGUAUUGUGAGAAUCAAGUAUUAUUUGAUGAAGUCCUGAAAGUAUUAAAGGAUCGUCUUGGAUUUUCGGAAUUUCUCAGUCAUUUAGAACUGAGCGAAGUGUGUCAGUCUUUAACUCUAUACUCGUUUUUAAUGUUACCAAUGCAAAGAAUCACUCGCUGGCCUCUACUAGUUGAAGCUGUGUUAAAAAGGUUACCCCAACAAGAUCCGGAGUAUUUCGCCUGUCAUUAUGCUAUGGUAGCUGUUAAUAAGAUUGUUAGCCAGUGUAACGAAGCGGCAAGGAACAAAGAACGCGAAACCGAACUGAAAAAAAUAUCCAGACAGCUAGAGUUUCCUCAAAACGUGCCAAUAACCCCCAUUUUCAUAACGGAAAGGUACUUGGUACGUUGUGGACCCGUUACUCAUAUCCAAACGCGUAACGAAGAUACCAAAUUGACAUUUGGUAAGAGAUGCGUUAAAAGCACCGUCCACCUGUUUUUGUUCAACGAUCUUCUCAUUGUGAGCAAAGAAAAAAGCGAAAAUAGUUACAACGUCAUGCACUACUGCCCAAGAAACUUAGUAGAAUUAAAUACGUCAGAGUUAUUAGCUCCGCUAAAAGAUACUCAAGGGAAGAACAUGCUUUUGCUGACUGUUUUAGAAAACCAAAACGGAAAAUCUGUCGAAUUUUUACUAUCCUGUAACUCGGAAAGCGACAAGGAAAGAUGGAUUGAAGCGCUAACUCCACCAAAGUCUCAAGAUCCCGAAGAAACGUUGUACGAGGUGUGGGAUUGCCCUCAGGUAUCCGCAGUUCACAAUUACACUGCCACUCAGCCCGACGAACUGUCACUAACCAAAGGGGAUGUCAUUAACGUUCUCCGAAAAUUAGCUGACGGUUGGUACCAUGGUGAGAAGAUUCGUAAUGGUCAAAUGGGGUGGUUCCCCGCCAAUCACACAGUCGAAAUAGCCAACAUACACGUCAGAGCAAGAAACUUAAGACAACGUCACAAAUUUUUGGCCUUUUCCGAAAAUUAUCUCAAGUCGAAAUAGUCAAAAUUUUAUAUAUUUAUAUGAUUUUUGUAUAGGAGAAUGAAGGAACUGAUAUAUUGUACAUUCUAUUAUUAUAUUUUCUUAUUAUUACACUUCAAGUGUCAAAUGUAUGUAUAUAUAAUAUUUUAUAUUGAAAAA